AUGCCGCCAGACUACCCCAUGAAGCCUCCUAACAUCAUCUUCCUGACACCAAAUGGACGCUUUGAGACCAACAAGAAGAUCUGCCUCAGCAUCUCCGGCCACCACCCUGAGACGUGGCAGCCCUCGUGGAGCAUCCGUACAGCUCUUCUUGCCAUCAUCGGGUUCAUGCCCACCCCAGCCAACGGCACCAUAGGUUCCCUUGACUACACAGCAGCGGAGCGGGCAGCCCUGGCCAAGAGAUCACAGGAGUUUCAGUGCCCCCAGUGUGGCUCUGUGUCGGCCCAGCUUCGGGAACGAACCAGCGACAACCGAGAGCUGCAGGCAGAGGCGAGGGAGGUGAUGGGGAAGGUGGCUGUGACGGUGAAGAUGGACAGCAAGGAGGAAGGAAGCUCCAGCAGCAAGAGUGAGGCACCUGUGCCUUCCUCAUCCCCCUCUGACAGCGAGUUGUCCACACCACCGCCUCCGCAGCCCACUGCCCCGGCCUCAUCCACACCUGGCACCCCACACACUGCUGUGGAAGAGCUUACUAGUGACUCCCAAACUCCCAGCAGUUCUCCAGUUCCCAGUCCACCCCAGGAGGCAGAGGAUGCGUCACCUGAGAUCCUAAUGGAAGGGGCGCCACCCACCCGUAAUGUAAAUGCAAAUUCAGUCCCAUCCAUAGCAGUGUCUGGCCAGGGUUACCUCUACAAUUUUGUCCUGUCCUCCGCGAUCUUCCUUUUCAUAGCAUUAGUGGUGCGAAGAAUCUUCCUCCUGGAGGGGGAGACACCUGAAGAGUUUGAUGAUAUUCUCCUCUGA